CGGGUGGGGCGCACUGCUGCAGCACAGCAUCAACAACAGCUCCCGGUACAGCACACACACACACACACACACACACACACAGACACACACACACAGAGAGAGAGAGACAGAGACAGAGACAGAGAGACAGAGAGAGAGACAGAGAGAGAGAGAGAGACAGACAGACAGAGAGAGAGACAGAGAGAGAGAGAGAGACAGACAGACAGACAGAGAGAGACAGAGCCUCCUCCUGCACGCAGAACCGGACUCAGGACUCCAGCAGUGUGAGCACCAGGUGAGCUGCAUCAGACCGGAGCAGGAGCAGCACGGAGCACGGGCAGGAUGUUUGGAGGAGUGUCCGGGCGGAUCCAGAAGGACCGGCUGAAGGCCGAAGGUCUCGGCUCGGUCCAGCAGGCUGUACAGUACCUGAACCAAGACUACCAGGCCGUGAAGGAGGACUGUCUGCAGAAUGGGACUCUUUUCGAGGACCCCAUGUUCCCAGCAGAACCCUCAUCUCUGGGCUUCAAGGAACUCGGACCGUUCACCGCCAAAACCAGAGGAGUGGAGUGGAAGAGGCCGACGGAGCUGACAGACAGCCCUGAGUUCAUCGUGGGCGGAGCCACCAGGACGGACAUCUGUCAGGGAGCGCUGGGAGACUGCUGGCUGCUCGCUGCUAUCGGCUCUCUGACUCUGAACGAUCGUCUGCUGCACCGCGUUGUUCCUCACGGUCAGAGCUUCAGCCGGGAGUACGCCGGGAUCUUCCACUUCCAGUUCUGGCAGUUUGGUGAGUGGGUGGACGUGGUGAUCGAUGACCGUCUGCCCGUUAAAGAUGACGAGCUGAUGUUCGUCCACUCUGCUGAAGGCAGCGAGUUCUGGAGCGCCCUGCUGGAGAAAGCCUACGCCAAGUUGAACGGCUCGUACGAGGCGCUGUCCGGCGGCAGCACCACGGAAGGGUUCGAGGAUUUCACGGGCGGCGUGGCCGAGAUGUACGAGCUGAAGAAAGCUCCCAGAGACCUUCAUCGAAUCAUCAGCAAAGCUCUGGAGAGAGGGUCACUGCUGGGCUGCUCCAUAGACAUCACCAGUGCCUUAGACAUGGAGGCGGUGACCUUCAAGAAGCUGGUCAAAGGCCACGCCUACUCUGUGACCGGGCUCAGACAGGUGGAUUAUCGAGGCCGUCAGGAGCGUCUGAUCCGGAUCAGGAACCCGUGGGGUCAGGUGGAGUGGACCGGAGCGUGGAGCGACAACUCGUCAGAGUGGAGCUCCAUCGACUCUGCAGAGAAAGAUGAGAUGAUGUGCAAGAUGGAGGACGGAGAGUUCUGGAUGUCUUUCCAGGAGUUCCUCCGCCAGUUCUCCAGACUGGAGAUCUGUAAUCUGACCCCGGACGCCCUCAGUCAGGACACCUCCUUCUGGACCACCACCACGUACCAGGGCAGCUGGAGGAGAGGGAGCACAGCGGGGGGCUGCAGGAACCACCCCAACACCUUCUGGAUCAACCCUCAGUAUAAGAUCAGUCUGCUGGAGGAGGACGAUGACCCCGAGGACGACGAGGCCGCCUGCAGCUUCCUGGUGGCUCUGAUGCAGAAAGACCGCCGCCGCUUCCGCCGCCAUGGGCAGGACGUGCACACCAUCGGGUUCGCCGUCUACGAGAUUCCAGAGGAGUACCGCGGCUGUCCCAGCGUCCACCUGAAGAAGGACUUCUUCCUGCGUCACUCGUCGUGCGCUCGCUCAGAGACCUUCAUCAACCUGCGAGAGGUGAGCGCCAGGCUCCGCCUCCCGCCCGGCGAGUACCUGAUCGUCCCGUCCACCUUUGAGCCCUCGAAGGAGGCCGACUUCGUCCUGAGGGUGUUCACGGAGAAACAGUCGGAGACGGAGGAGAUGGACGAUGAGGUCGUGGCAAACUUUGAAGAAGAGGACGACGUGUCAGAGAGCGACGUGGACGACUCGUUCAGGUCCAUGUUCGCUCAGCUGUCCGGAGACGACAUGGAGAUCUCAGUGAGGGAGCUCAGGACGAUCCUGAACAGAGUCGUCUCUAAACACCGAGACCUGCAGACUGACGGCUUCAGCAUGGAGUCCUGCAGAGCCAUGGUGUGCCUCAUGGACAAAGACGGCAGCGCUCGGCUCGGUCUGCUGGAGUUUCAGGUUCUCUGGAACAAGAUCAGGAAGUGGCUGGGGAUCUUCAGAGACUUCGAUCUGGAUAAGUCCGGCUGCAUGAGCUCCUACGAGAUGCGCCUGGCUUUAGAAAAUGGAGGGUUCAAACUGAACAACAAGCUGUAUCAGAUGCUGGUUGCUCGAUACGCCGACAACGAGAUCAUCGACUUCGACAACUUCACCUGCUGCCUGGUCAAACUGGAGGCCAUGUUCAAGACGUUCCAGGAUCUGGACCGAGACGGGACAGGAAAAGCGGAGAUGAACAUCGUUGAGUGGCUCUGUGUGACCAUGUGUGGCUGAACAAACAACUAGAACCUGAAAUUCAAAGUGCCUUCAACAGGAAGAAAACAGGAACCAAAGUACAGACAAACACCGCACUGUGUUGCACAGACCUACAAUAACACUACAGUAACACUACAGUAACACUACAGUAAGACUACAGUAGGACUACAGUAGGACUACAGUAACACUACAGUAAGACUACAAUAACACUACAGUAAGACUACAAUAACACUACAAUAACACUACAGUAACACUACAAUAACACUACAGUAGGACUACAGUAACACUACAGUAAGACUACAAUAACACUACAGUAAGACUACAAUAACACAACAGUAACACUACAGUAACACUACAGUAACACUACAGUAGGACUACAGUAACACUACAGUAACACUACAGUAACACUACAGUAGGACUACAGUAACACUACAAUAACACUACAGUAAGACUACAGUAACACUACAGUAGGACUACAGUAACACUACAAUAACACUACAGUAAGACUACAAUAACACUACAAUAACACUACAGUAACACUACAGUAAGACUACAAUAACACUACAAUAACACUACAGUAAGACUACAAUAACACUACAGUAACACUACAGUAACACUACAGUAAGACUACAGUAACACUACAGUAACACUACAAUAACACUACAGUAAGACUACAGUAACACUACAAUAACACUACAGUAACACUACAGUAAGACUACAAUAACACUACAGUAACACUACAAUAACACUACAGUAACACUACAGUAAGACUACAAUAACACUACAGUAACACUACAGUAACACUACAGUAACACUACAGUAAGACUACAAUAACACUACAGUAACACUACAAUAACACUACAGUAACACUACAAUAACACUACAGUAAGACUACAGUAACACUACAAUAACACUACAGUAACACUACAGUAAGACUACAAUAACACUACAGUAACACUACAAUAACACUACAAUAACACUACAGUAACACUACAAUAACACUACAGUAACACUACAGUAACACUACAGUAAUACUACGGUAUAUUAAAGUGUUACUGUAGUACCGUGCUGACAUCAUCAGUCUUCCAGAAUCCACAAACGAUCGCUGCUGCCAGAAACGUCAAACAUCAGGACGCUUCCUGCUUUAGUGCGAGAGUCACAAUCAGACGAUCAUAAAGUAUAAAAACUACAAACAUGUCUGUGGCAGCGGUGAAACUCUACAGUACUACAUAUUUAAAGUACUCUUCAUGCUUCAGUAUCUGAGUCCUGAAGCCUGCUGCUUUAUUUAUUCAGCCCGCUGCAAAUAGAGGGCGCUACAGCUCAGCUAACACUAUAGGACCUCUCUAUUUAUUUCAUUAUGAGGCCGAGCUGCUUCCUGUCACCUCAGUCACACCUCCACCUCUCCCCCCUUGCAGACCUCACCUCACUUAAGGCUGUUAGAUUCAGGCGAUGCAGACUGACAUGAGGGAGACUCGUCUCUCUGGAGACAGCAGCCCUCUGAUUGGUGGAGAGACACAGGGUCGCUACAAACCCGCAACUCUCCAAGCUGGCUCGCUAAUAUUAAUGAUAAUAAAGAUUCUAUCUAAUGAACCAGGAACAUCUGUGCACUCUUCUCUCUCUUUCAACAAAUACACACUCUGAAGAAGACCUUGGGGUGUGAGUGCGGAUGAUGGGACAGAGCCCAUCUGUCCACAGCUCUGGGUUUAAUCCCCCCUGAAGCCAGAGGACAGUGAAGGCAUCAUCAGGUGGAGGCGUUCAGGGUCAGCUGGGUCAAACAGGCACUGAUGUAGCAGAACCUCCAGCUUCAUGUUUACACUGAAUAAAAGAAACAGAACAAAGA